CUACUCCGGCUGCCCCAGCCAGCCAAACCACCGGCGGAAGAUUGCAAGGAACCAUCAUGGCCUCCCCUCCGCCGCGGAGCGAGAAGCUGCGGGUCCUUCUCAUCCCCUUCUUCACCAACAGCCACAUCGGCCCCUUCGCGGACCUCGCCUUCCACCUCGCCGCGGCCCGGCCGGGCGCCGUCGAGGCCACCGUCGCUGUCACCCCGGCGAACGUUCCGGUCCUCCGGUCAGCGCUCGCCCGGCGCGGCCCCGGCCGCCACGCCGAGGUCCAGGUCGCGACGUACCCGUUCCCGUCCGUGGACGGCCUCCCACCGGGGGUGGAGAACCACUCCACCGUCAGUGCUGCGGACGCGUGGCGCAUCGACGCCGUCGGCGGCGACGAGCGGCUGAUGCGCCCGGGGCACGAGGGCCUCAUUAGGGACUGCUCGCCCGACGUGGUCGUCUCCGACAUACUCUUCCACUGGAACGCCAGCAUCGCCGAUAGUGUCGGCGUGCCGUGCGUCACGUUCCACGUCAUCGGGGCGUUCCCGAUGCUAGCCCUGUUCAGUUUGAUAGGUGCUGGCGCGACUGACGGGGUGCUGACUCUUCCCGAGUAUAUGGGACCGGACAUUCAGAUCCCAGUAACCGAGCUGCCUGAGGAGGUGAGGAGCCGGCGUCGACCAGAGGACGUCCGCGCCGAGGGAGCCAAAUUAAGUUCAGCUCACAAUAGCUGCUUCGGUCUCGUCGUGAACACUUUCUUCGAUUUGGAGGACAGGUACUGUGACAUGUACGUGCGUCACAUGAAACGCACCUACUUUGUCGGGCCUGUGUCACUGCCGCCACCAUCGCAGCUAGCCGCCGGCGACGAUGGCUCAGGGUGCAUCGAGUGGCUGGAUAGGAAGCCAGCCCGGUCGGUCGUGUACUUGUGCUUCGGCAGCUUGGCUCACGUAUCCAAGCCUCAGCUUCGCGAGCUCGCCCUCGGGUUAGAAGCCUCCGGGAAGCCGUUCUUGUGGGUGGUCAGGUCGGAGGCAUGGGUGCCGCCAGAGGGGUGGGAGGAGCGCGUCGGGGACAGAGGGAUGGUCGUCACAAGGUGGGCCCCACAGACGGCGAUCCUUGCACACCCGGCGGUGGGUGCGUUCGUGACGCACUGCGGGUGGAACUCGGUCUUGGAGACGGUCGUGGCCGGCGUGCCGGUGCUGACGUGGCCGAUGGUGUUCGAGCAGUUCAUCACUGAGAGGUUCGUGACGAAGGUGCUGAAGAUAGGCGAACGUCUGUGGCCGGAGGGUGCCGGCGUGAGGAGCACGAGGUACGAAGAGCACGAGCUGAUCCCGAGCGAGGCAGUGGCACAAGCGGUGGGCAGGUUCAUGGAGCCCGGAGGGGUAGGGGACGCCGCGAGGAGCAGGGUCAAGGAGCUCUCCGCGAAGGCUCACGCGGCCAUGGAGGAGGGUGGGUCCUCGCACGGCGACCUGCGCCGCCUGAUUGAUGAUCUCAUCCAAGAAAGAACGGCUGGCGCAGGGACGACAGUAUGAUAUUCUGGUUUUAGCUCAUGAAGCGUGUCUCAUUUUUUUUUAAGAAUAAGUGUGUCUCGUUUAUUUGUCUGUUUUCGGUUUGGAUUUUCCACUGUUUGGUUAGUAAGGUCCAGUACAUCUAAGCUUGGCAUCAGGUAACGUACCAGCACGGGUUUAAACAGCUAUCACAUCUUCUUUUUAGACUAUGGAAUGUAAUGUCACGGAAUAAUAUGCAAUAGAUUUUCUAAAAUGAGAUUUUAUUGAUCUCUGGUGACCAA